CGGUCAUUAUCGGUGGGAGGAGUUAUGGUUGUUGUCUCUUUUUGGCAACAGAAACUAGCUUAACCGAAACAAGAACACACAAACAUAACACAACACAGAAAGCUGAACGAGGCAAAACAAUGUCUUCGCUAAGCAGUAAAUCCGAGCAGGAAAUUAGCGACCUGCUCGAUGAUUACGGGAUAAAGCACGGGCCUGUGGUCGUCUCCACCAGAAGUCUCUAUGAGAAGAAGCUGAAAGAGGCCAUGGCCAAAAACAAAAGAGCGAAACCAUCGCUUGACAAAACCUGCUACAGAGAAGAGGAGGACGAAGUCACCUAUGUUUACAGGACACCUAUCAGGAGUGACGGUUCGGGAGACAGUGGGUCGUACAUGAGGUCAAGAGCAGAGUGGACUGAGAGGGAAUUUGAUAAUGAGACAUCCUACUCACGCUACUCAAGUUCAAGGCCUGAAUACAAAGGAAGGAAUUUUGUUGAUGAGCCCCACAUGUACGACACGCCGUCCACUUACAGAAGCUCUUAUUUGAAAUCGACACCCAUGAAAUCUGGUCAAGACGCUCCGAAGGCACCAAAGUCGUCUCGCCUCAUCCCACUCUGGGUUCAGUUUGUGUUCUUCCUGGCUGUGGCCGUGUUCCUCUACAUAGUUUUUAUCAACAUGGAGCCAAAUGAAUCCCUCAAAGGAAUAGAAUGAUCUUUCUUUUAUUCAUGCUCAUUUUAUAGAGCUGUUAUACUUUAUUAUGCAUUUUAAUUUGAGGAAUGUAUUUUGGUUAAUGCCUUUAUUUUAGACAUUGCUGAAAUUGUGGUUUAUGCAAUAUUUGUGUGGGUUAUAAUUGCAGUUUAUUUGUUUGCUUAUGCUUAAAAGUAAAAUAUAAUUGUACAACAAUACAGAAUCCUUCAAGAGCUGGCUAUCUAUUCAGAUGGUUUCAGUGUGAUCUGUGAUGAUGGAGGCCAUCAUCCACAGCUCCUCCCAGCACAGUGGUGUUUGGCUUGCAUAUUAUGCCACAGUUGCACAUUAAAUAUCCACAGACCCUGAUGUCAGCCAUUUAAGGACAGUAGAUUAUCACAAUAAGCUGUUUUAUAUUUAGAAAGACAUGAUGUUGAGUACGUUUUUGUGUAGCGCAUUGAGCAUCACAAACUGCAAACCAAAUGCCAGUCAACUCCAUUGCAUUAUGGUGAGCUGCAGCCAAUCAUAUCUACUGUACUGUUAGACUUAAUAGACCAUUGUUUAAAUUUGAGAUGCCAUCAAGAGAAUUUGUCAUUUCACCAGAUUUUAAGCACUUUUAGUGAUUUUUCUUACCACUAAAAAGACACUGAACAGGAUUUGUCCAUAUCUCAAAAACAGCGUGUGUAUUAAACAAUCUGCAGUUCAAUAUCAUAAGUAUAGCAACAGAUCUAUUUAGCAUCUUAAAGUAGUUUUUUUCAGCAUUCUAGUACUUGGUAAUAAGGGUGUCUAACAGUCUAUGAUUCUGUGUAUAUUGUUAAUAUGAAGGUUCAGCAAAUCCUUGUAGUUUAUAUAAUCUUGGGGUACAACAAUGCUUCCUUUUGUCAAUUAUCAGAAAUAAUUAUAUUAAAGUACAGUUGGGACGGUUUUUAGACCAGCUGUAAUGCAAGUGCCUCAGUGGUUUUGUGGGAAUAAUUGGGAUAUAAUUGUUCAUGGGGGUUUUUUCAGUGUUUAAUAAGUAGGGAAGUUUUAUCUUGCAUAAUGUAAUGCCAUGUUUAUGCUCUGUUUCAGUGGACACAUAUAGAGAUCUCACACUUUUGUACUACAUAAUCCAUCCUUUACAUCCUGUAGAGUUUGAUGUUGUGAUUUGUUUUGUAUUGCUGUUUCAUAAGUCAAACUAUAAAAGAGCUUGUAUAUCUAAA